GUUUGGAAUCCCUGAUAUGCGGAGGAGCCAAUGGGAGGGCGAGGCAAUGCCUGCGGAAGAGGAGUCGGUGUUGGAGGAGUCACGUAUACGCCUCUAUGGCUUGGCCGAGCAGCUUCUUAUUUCUUGUGCUCCCGGUGGCGGCCGCCGUUGCUGUUCAGCCUCAGGACUCGGAGCUCACGUUCCUGCUGCCGGCGGGGAGACAAGAAUGUUUCUACCAGAGCACGUUGUACAAUGGCAGUAUGGAGAUAGAGUAUCAGGUGAUCGGUGGCGCUGGCCUAGAUGUGGACUUCUCGGUUACUACUCCCUCGGGGAUCUUGCUUAUCAUGGAGAGACGGAGAUCAGACGGCGUACAUACGGUGGAGCCGACAGAGGCCGGGGACUACAUGAUCUGUUUCGAUAACUCCUUCAGCACUAUCUCUGAGAAACUGGUUUUCUUUGAGCUGAUAUUUGACAAUCAGCAGGGGGACGAGGAGCCAGACAGCUGGGCAGACAUUGUUGAACCUGAUGAGCUUCUAGACAUAAAGCUGGAGGACAUCAAGGAGUCCAUAGAGAGUGUGAAGUCCAGGCUGGAGCGCAGUAUCCAAAUGCAGACAGUACUUCGUGCCUUUGAGGCACGAGACCGGAACCUCCAGGAGAGUAACCUCAACAGAGUAACCUUCUGGUCAGCCAUAAACGUAGGCGUGCUGGUUGCGGUGGCCUUCCUCCAGGUUUAUAUGCUGAAAAGCCUCUUCGACGACAAGCGCAAGAUCCGGACUUAAUGCUCACGGUGCCCCUGAGCAGGAGCCAAACAGCUGACCCUCCCACCAUGUUGGCACCAUUGAGGACAUUGGAUGAGAUAUCUCCCACGGUCGUGGCUAUGAUUUUAUGGGAUGCACUUUUUAGAACAAAUUUACCAAAUGGGUAGAAAGAAUUUUGUUUUUUGUAGCAGAGACUUUAAAGCAAUAAUGAUGUGUAAUUAUCUUGUUUACCGGAGCAGCUCAGAUAUACGACCGUCCUUAUCAGUCAUAAUCCCAACACAUCUAGUCCUUUAGGAGCAGAAAGCUCUCAUGGUGAAGGGUAGGUUACAUAUAAAAGGAUACUAUAUAUAUUUAUUGAUCAUGGCUCUGGAUCAGACACCCUUGCAAAAUUGACAAGCAAGUGUAAAGGUGGCUUUAGAUACAGAGAUCCGUUCAUAUGUGACCUCGCCAAAAAGCGAAUCUUUCCUUGAUGUGCCCACCUUGAGGUGGGCAAUAUUGGGCUAAUCUGAUCAUGGACAAUAGGGCCUAAAAAUUGGAUCGCAACGAGGAGAAUAUGGGAGGUUGGAUUGAGGGGAUGCAUCAACCAACUGAUGCAGUCCUCGAUCUGACAGGAGUUUUAAACCUGCCCGUUGGACAUCUGCCCGACUUUUGGCGAGAUACUGUAUCGAUCGGGGAAGCCCGUCGGAGGACCUCAUAUUCUGCCCAAUAAACUGCUGACUUAAUCGGUCGGUAUCUUAUAUCGGCCCUUGUAUAGGAACCUUAACUAUAUUACUCAGACCCUUAAAGACAGCACCAGGAUUACAACACAAGACAUGUUGGUAACACAAUUUGGUUAAAGUGAUAGUACGAUGAGACUUCCGCUACAUGAUGUGAUAUAACUAAGUUCUAUGUUGAUUGUGUUGAGGAGCCUGGGAAUGGGUGCCAAUGCUGGGUGUUUUGGGUCUGCCCAAAAUAUCCCUGUCAUUGCUAUAAAAUAUCACCAAAGUGGAUCUCUGAAUUGUUGGAGAAAAGUCAUGUGACUACACUUUUCCCCGACCAUUUGUUUCUGCGCUGCCCUAUGGACACUGGUAUCCCACAGCAACCAGAUGUCUGCUUUCAUUGGCGAUACUGCUGCCGACAGAUUAGUUGCUACAGUUAUAGCCCAAUUUACCCAGGGUUUAAAAACGACACCCUACUGUUUUCCAAGCACAAAAACUAGACACAUGGACUCACUCACUAUAGUGAUAAUGUCAGUACUUACUGGUGUUUUAUUUAGCUGAGCCCCCUUUCCGACCCUUCAACAUAGUUAUCUUGCUGGUGUUGUACUCCGACACUCGGGCUGUGCGUUCAGCAGUUAAACUGGGGGAUGUGAGGCUUUGAUAGACUGCCGAUGUUUACAUAUUAAGCCCCAGUUUAUUGUCCUAUGCAGCACCUCGAUUCAUUUUUAUUUUCACUUUCUGUUUUAUAUGGUGUGCGAGGGGAGAACCAGGCCCGGACUGGCAAUCUGUGGGUACUGGCAAAUGCCAGAGGAGCUGCCAUAAGAUGUCAUAGAAAGUUACUAUUUAGUGGGAUGCUGAUUGGGCCUCUCUGUACUUACUCCAAGGUGACCCUCCAUAAAGUGAAAGUACAGCCAGGGCUCAGUAUUGUCGAGCUCAGAGGUACGGGGAUAUUUCAGCUAGUAUAAUCUCUCUCUCUCUCUCUCUGGGCCACAGACUCUGUACAACCACAUUGCUGCUAUGAAAAGAUUUUAUAUUUUUAUAUAAGACUUCAUCCGUGCCUCUUCAGCCCCCCGCGUUGCUCAGAACAAACCCCCUCCCAUUUACAUGUGCUGUAUUAAAUCAUCCUUCGUGAUUUCUAAAUGGAAAUUGUUGUUUUUAUAUAUGUUUGUGCGACCUUGUCAUAUGAUUAGUCAGUAAAAGAAAGAUGCUGAAUAGAGA